CGAUCCGAGAAGUCACUCGUUCGUCUUUCGCAAGCCACGAGCAAGUGAGAGACCCCCCUCGGAACGAUUCAUGUUCUACUAUUAUUCCAGUCGUAUAUUUUCGUUCAUUCUGUUCAUCACCGUCCUCGUCGUUCUUGGGCAUUUGUUCGCGUCGAUCCGGACCUGCUCGGCGUAACCACAUCUAGAGAUCGUCAGUGGGAGUCAAGUGAGAGGCCAUGGAUCUCCGUUUCUUGCUGCCUCGAGAAUCUCAACUGCAAAGGGAGACACCCAACCCUCCGUCAUGCUUACUCCCCACGCGAUCGGACGCGGGUUACGGUUCUGCUUUUGAGCCCCCUGAGAAGCUCUUCCGAAAUCCCCUUUCUAGGGCAUCGAUAUACGGCCUCCUCCCUCUGUUGGAUGGUAAUCGAUCCUCCGAGCGUAUACAGUCGUCUGAGAACGAGGACGAUUCCAAUGUAUUCCUACGCCUGGAUGCCGACGGUCUGCCAAGGGAGCCAGUAACCCUUUCCAGAUCCACUUCCAGCUCUCGGCCGACACUUCCCAAAAGCUUUUCUCCUGGGAGUGGCACAAAACACUCACGUCGUCAUAAGUCCGAUGCUGGGCUAAUAAGCUUGAGAAAGAACCCUCUGCGGCUCCCAGACCGAUUCGUUCCUUUUCGCGACCACGCUACUCUGACCACCGAUAUAUUCCGAACCAGUAAGCCCGUGGAUCAACUGACGCCUCCUGAGAAACUGCUUCGAAAUGGGGACGCGACACCAGACGCAUUUGACUCCGGUCGAAGUCGAGCCAACCAGAUAGCUUUCAAUUUCCGAGUCCUGUCGAGGUCAGACCCCGGGGUUCGGAGUGGAGGGUCAAUUCUUAGCCCCAUUUCUCGCAAUGUAAUAGGGUUCACAGAGAGACAGGUCAGCGCCGGCGCAGUCUGGGCAGUGGGUGGCGUCGCCCCGAGCGAGACAGCUGCUAAUAGCGGGCGGGAUCAAUUGGUUCAAAGGGGCAUGAACGCUAGACUCUUCAGCGCCUCCUUGCCGCCUCGUCACAAGGGGAAAGCUGACUCGGAGAAGCACGAGGCUCGCCUCGCAUCCGCCCUCCAACUCGAUCGGGUGCAAAGAGUUCUCGAGUUCAGCCCGCCUUCGAACUCCAGUAGCCGCUCCUGUAGGAAGCCAAGAGCUUCUUUAGCACGGCUCAAGACAUUUUGGGAUGGAACCCAAUGGGUCAACCCAGUCUCUCACCGACCAAGUGUUUUGAAGACCAGGAGGAUAUCAGCUACUCCAUUCAGAGUCCUCGACGCCCCAGAUCUGCGAGACGAUUUUUAUUGCUCCUUGCUUGCCUACUCGCCAAACAGUCACAUACUUGCGGUCGGCUUGGGCAACAAGGUUCACGGAUGGUCGCUAGAGAGAGGGGGUGCGCUAUUGGAUGCUGGAGGGAAUGACAACGCUUGGUUGACAUCGAUCGCUUUCUCGUCGACCCAGGGUUGCAAAUGCAUCCUUGCCAUUGGAAGGUCGAACUGUAAACUGACAUUUCUGUCGAUAUAUGACAGCAACAGACCUGCGCCCCAAGACGGAGUGGUGCCGCGAAUCGAAAUUCGCCAGCCAGCCCCUAUUUCUUCUCUCAGCUGGAAGCCGACCUGCACCGUACGCACCUCUCGAAAUCCCUUCAAUUCUGAUCCAUCGCUAGUAAAGACAGAGGAACUGCUCGCGGGGGACAACACGGGCCGAGUAUGGUAUUACUAUGUGGAAUGGCCGGAAAGUUGGGAGUGCGAGAGGGACAACUGGCGCGGGGAGGUUGUCCUCUUGGCUGUCAUCAGGCUUCAUACCCAGCAGAUCUGUGGUCUUGCUUGGUCUCCGACUGGCCACCAAUUUGUAACGGGCGCAAAUGAUAAUCUGUGUUGUCUGGUCGACGCCUCCAAGAUCAUGGACCGCUGGGACCAAGCGUUACGCGACUUGAGUCUCACUGCCGAAGUUACAGAGGAUGGCAACCGCUCUGAGGCCGGUUCUUCUCGCACGCCAAUGACGCUUCCACGGGCCGUGGAGUUGAGGCCCGGCGAUGAAACCCACUUGUGGCCGCAUGAAGCUGCUGUGAAGGCAAUUGCCUUCUGCCCCUGGCAAGAAGGACUGGUGGCUACUGGAGGAGGGUUUGGAGACAAGAGCAUCCACUUCUUCCACGCAACUUCCGGCACCCUCCUGGCUACCAUCGCUGUCGCGGCACAGGUAACCAGCCUCAUCUGGUCUACCACGCGACGCGAGAUCGUAGCAACACUCGGGUACGCUGAACCGGAGCACAAGUAUCGUAUUGCCGUUUUCUCCUGGCCAGAGUGCCAACUGGUUGCCGCCGUUCAAUGGGAACAAGGACAUCGUGCCCUCCACGCAAUUGCUUAUCCUAACGAACCCAAAGGUCUCUGUGGCAUCCCCAAUUCGGGGAAGGUGAGAAGUCAGAAUCAAGCCACAACGAAUGGCUGUAUUGUCAUUCUAGCAAGCGAUAAUACCGUCAACUUCCACGAAGUAUGGUCGUCAAACCAGAAGUCGACCGUCGGUGGGACUAGCAUGCUCGGCGGUAGUGAUAUUCUGGAGGCUCUUGAGGGAAUCGACAAGGAAGGCGACGUCAUCCGCUAAGGAAAUGUCAAGGGGUCACCCACCAGGCGCCAAACCAUGGCUCAUGUGGAGAGGGUAUCUCCGGGAGAGACGCCUUCCAUGCGAGGGCUGCUUGGCUAAAGGAGCAGGCAGGGGCGUGGAUCAGAUGUUGACAGAAUGGGGUUGACAUUGAACCUGCUACAAACGAGAACCACGGGGCUGAGGCGCUAUUAGAAAUAGAAUUUUGAUAUCCUUCCAUUAGUAUUAGCCACCAAACCUUGAAAAAUCCG